AUGUUUAGUGCAAGCACCGCUGACAGUAAACUGUUCUCUUUCUUCAAGAAGAAGGAGAAUCCGGAGAGCGAGCUCAAGAAUCUCGCGAAAUACGAGAAAGUGCUCGACGCAGAGAAGCAGGCCUCGGAAGCGAACAUCAAGACAAACCUAACAAAAUCAUCCCUCAAGGCCUUCCAGUUCUCGGAAGUGUACUCUGAGUGUUACGAUAAGUGUGCCUCUAACGCACUCAGGGCCACCCUCAAAAACUCUUCCCUGGGCUCACUCUUGCCAGAUGAAGUCACAUCAACCACGUCCAAGGACGUUCUGACGGUGCAAGACAACCAGGCAGAAAAGUCGCUGAAGGAGCUGGUCGGCCAGGUGCUGGACCAAAACAUGUUUGAGCCGCCCAAACCAACGCCAGAAUACUUUGUUAAACAAAAGUUGGACAAGAAGCUAAAGGAUACUGUAAGAGUUAGCGAGUUGAAAUGCGAAGUGCAUUGCGCGAAGAAGUUUUUGGAGGUGUUUGAGCACUGA